CCAGAAUCACUCGCUUCAACACUCGAUAGAAUUACAAAGCCCGAAACCUUCUCAUUCCUCCUCCUCUUCUUCUUCCUUCUUCUUCGGUUCGCCUGGAAACCGCGACGGCGAUGACCGCGAACAUGGCUCUGCUCUCGCCGGCGACCGCCGGGACCGCCGCGGUCGCGGCGGCGGCGGCGGCGGCCAUCAAUCGCCCCGGCACGCAGGUCGUUUCCUCCUCCUUGUCUCCUCCCUCGGACUCGAUCAAAUCGGCCCGCGCCUCCCUCCUCCUCUCGCCCCUCCCGAGGACGGCGGCGGCGGUGGCGAGCAUCGCCGCAAACACCUCGCGGACGAGGAAGUGGAAGGUCUCGUGUGAGGUCGCGCUGAAAUCGGACGCGAAGCCGUCCUCCUCCUCCUCCUCCUCCUCCUCCUCCUCGGCGGAGACCGGUUCUCCGUCGGUUUCGGGUGAAGGCGACGGUCCGGACGGUGGUUCGGCAAGGAUUGGAGCGAGAGUUAGGGUAAAAGUGCCGCUGAAGGUGUACCACGUGCCGCGCGUGCCGGAGGUGGACUUGACCGGGAUGGAAGGCGAGCUGAAGCAGUACGUCGCGGACUUUAAAGUGCAACGUGGAUGGUUGUUUGUUCUACUGUUUUUCUCGAUUGUUAGGGCCGUCGAACUCGACACUACGAUUGUUCUUAUCACGGGAGUGCUGUUUCGGCCCCUCCUGAGGAGCAUUUUGCUUGUUCCUUGAUGAUUGAAUUUGGGCACACUGUUCAUACGUUCUGCAUUCUUACAUACUUGGGAUGUGACCUUAACAAUGAAAGUGAUAUUGAGUGACUAGAUUUGGUGCUUUGUGGUGAUAUUAAAGUUAUCCAUAAUGGGCAGAGAAUAUGAAUUUGCUUCUUUGGCACAAGAAUGUUUUAUUGGUGUCAAGGAAAGUUUGUCAGAAUAAAUACUGUAAGUCCUGUUGAUAUUGGACCUGUCACUUCACUCCUGAAUAUUUCUACUGCACUUCAUAUAAUUUAAGAAUCCACACUCCGCAUCGACCGCAAUUGGCUUGGAGAAAUGCAGAACUUCUUCAAUGUGAGCUGAAUCUUGUUACAAGGUUUAGUCCUUUACAGUACUUGUAUAAGCAUUUGAGUGGAAACUUGUCGUUGAUGAAUGACUGAAAGGAACUAUAAGCAAUGAUUACAAAUAUAAUCCUUCCUUUGUUCUCUUUA